GUGGAGGUUAUUCCAGAACUAGAGUUUUAUUUUGAGAAGUUUAUCUAUACCUACGAUCCAAACGUUGUGAUAUUUCCUGAAUAUGACUUUACCCUCUUUAUUAUGUCAUACUUUGUUUCAAAAGGCUCGUUUGAAGGAUCUGACAUUGAAAAAAACGUGAUCGAGUAUUUUGGAGUGUGCAAAACGAACCUAAUAGCGUCGCACUAUGCUCCAUUUGUUGAUCGAUUGAAUAAUCUGGCGACUCCAGAAUUAUACGUAUCAUAUAUGAUCAAAAAGAGCAGAUCUAGAUUUGAAAAUCUAAGAGGCGCAAUUGAGUUUAUAGACGCAUAUAAGCGACUCGUUGCCGAGGAUAUGCAAGAUGUGCUGUUGUCAAAAAUACCAAAUGCCAAGAUGGUAAAAAAAAUCAUUUCUAGUAAGCUAAAGAAGGACAACGAGAGUGUUGAUAGUGAGGAUAUGGACUUGAUAUAA